AUGUCUACAAAGCGUAAGUCGAAGCGGCAAAAAGUUUUAUCUGAGGCCGAAUGUUUCGAAGUUGAGGAACAUGAUGAACAUCUAGAUGUGCUCAUGCUACCAAACUCGAAUGAUUCUGGCGAAUCUGAUUGUGAAUCUGAUUCAGAUGAUAAUUCUAUAAAUGAAGAGCUAGAAAAUUUGUUUAGAAAUGAGUGUGAUGAUUUACCGCAAAAUUCAUACCAGACAAUACGAAAAAAUUAUACUCCAAAUCAAUCGAAGUUGGAGCCAGAUCAUAUUUUUGAAUGGGUUGACGGUGAAAAGAAGUAUGAUCCUCAAUAUAAAAAUGAAACUUUUAUAUCUGACAGCGUUGCAAAAAAAAUUCGGUCAUCCUCGUCAACGGAACUAUUCGAAUAUUUCUUUUCCAUGGAGCUAAAAGAAUUUAUAUUAGAAGCAACAUGUAAGAAUGAUUGUCAAAUUUCGAUGACUGAAUUAGACAAAUUUCUUGGAAUAAUUAUUUUGUCUAUUUUUAACCAAAGGAAAUCUCAAAGAGAUUAUUGGUCUCAGAAUCAUCUUCUGGCUUGUGAUGCUGUAGCUAGAGCUAUGAGUCGCAACAAGUUUGAAGAUAUCAAGUCCAAGCUGAAGCUAUCUAAGCCUGGAGAUGAAAAUUCUGAUGAUAGAGCUUGGAGAGUAAGAGGUCCUUUGGAGAUUUUCAAGAAAAAUGUGAGGCAGUUUGGUUAUUUUUCAUCUGCUUUAUCAGUUGACGAAAUGAUGGUAAAGUUUCGGGGAAGAACUAUCUUGAAGCAGUUUAUACGAAACAAGCCUGUCCGUUUCGGCAUAAAAAUGUGGGCUCUUUGCAGUUCCGAAGGGUUCUUAUUCGAUUGUGAUAUUUAUUGUGGCAAGAAUUCGAAAAGUUUUUUCUUCGGCAACGAAGAAAAACUGAAUAAAUGUGCCUUAGGUAGCUGCGUUGUCGUUGGUCUCCUCCAAAACCUUCUUUCUUCAGUUGUACCCAGAAAUGUAGUGAAAUAUCACGUAUAUUUUGACAACUUUUUUACAAGUCCUGACUUACUGGUUCAUCUGAAGAAAGUUGGUUUGCGGGCAACAGGAACAGUCAGAGCUAAUCGAAUUCAAGUAAAAAAUCCGAUUAGUGAAAAAGAUCCAAGAGGCACAUUUAUCGCCAAGCAUGACAAAUGCAGUGGUGUCAAUUAUGUCACGGUGAAAGAUUCAAAAGUAGUCUCUGUACUAUCAACACUGGCAGGUGUUACACCAAUGAGUUCAGUCAAGAGAUAUUCUUCGGAGGCAAAAAGCAAAGUGAAUAUAGCAUUUCCUAAUGCUUUUAAAACUUACAACAAGUUUAUGGGCGGAGUAGACCUGCACGACGCACAUUGUAGCAAUUUAAUGCCAUGCAUAAGGUCGAAGAAAUGGACUUGGGUUGUACUCAUGAGACUCGUUCAAGCAUCAAUCACGAAUGCAACGGUAUUGAGAAAUUUAGUUGUUCUAGAAAAAAAAAUUGGUACUAAAGACAUGGCUAUGCAGAUUGCAGAGUCAUACCUAAAAAAAUCCGAAUCUUUAAAAAACCACAAAGUUCGAAGAGUUGAACAAAAAAAAAACUGCGCUAAUUUCUCCAAGUGCAGUUCUAGAACGCAACGAAAAUGCGUUGAGUGUGACGCAUAUUUAUGCGUUUCCUGCUUCCAGGAUUCUCACUAUUAA